UUCAGAUAUUGUUUAUGGACAAUGGACAUUUGUGGUUAUGUUUAUUUGACGUUUACGGCUUUGUAUAUUAAUCAUUAUAUUUAAAAUUUAGUCAUAAUAAUAGUGUUUUUAGCUAUGGCCGAAGACUUAAGAAAUUAUAAACUUCAGUUACAACAGGUGGAAGCUGCCUUACUUACAGAUGCUCAAAACGAGGAAUUACUAAAGUUGAAGGCGGAUUUGGAAGAAGUAAUUGAGUUGACUCAAGAUCUAAUUAAAACUCAAGACGGUGAUUCCAAAGUGCCUAAUAUUCAUGGUUCUAGUAAUGAUGAUGAUGUUACAGCGUCCCUGCUGGCUGCAGAGGAUGGAGAACCUGCAGACAACUCCUAUACAAGCUGGCGAGUGGGUGAAAAAUGCAUGGCAAAGUGGCGAUCUGAUAGCAUGUAUUAUGAAGCAUUAAUAGAAGAAGUUGGUGGUGAUAAUUUAAAAGUAAAAUUUGAUGGGUACACAACCCUUGAAGUGGUAUCACUUAAUGAUAUAAAACCUUUAGGAUCAUCCCUAAAAAGGCCAUCAAGUGGAGAUGAAAGCAAACAUGGAAAAGGUUACAAUAGAGAGUAUCAAAAAAAGAAGAAACAAAAGAAACAACAAAGGUUUAAACAGAUCGAAGAAGAAAGAGAAAGUGAGAAAAAUAAAUGGCUCUCUUUUCAUUCAAAAGCCACCAAAAAGGCUGGAGUGAAAUCAAAAAGUAUAUUUGCGUCACCUGAUAACCUUACGGGAAGAGUAGGUAUUGGAACUUGUGGCAUAUCCGGCAGACCAAUGACUGAAUAUACUCCAGGUGAAAAGUGGAAGAAAGGGGGAUAACAAUUUUAUAUGGUCUCGUAUUCCUAUUAUAGGUUAGGUUCUGUAAUAUUUUUAGUUUCUUCUGUAUUUAAAUAAUUAUGAAAUGAUUUGUCAUUUAGAAUAAUAAGAAAUGGCAUUAAUCUUUCCAUCCAAUUAUGGUACUCAUCUGAAAAGUACAAAGUUAAUUACAAUUUCAAGAACCUCUUGAUAUUUGUUUAAUUUUGUUAGACAUAUUCAGUGGCUGUAUUGUCAUUAAGUUUUCAAGUUUACAAUCUAAUUCAGCAUUUCUAUAAUCAAAUUGCAACAUUUUUGUCUCGUAACUCUAGUGAUUGAAUGACGUAAAAGUAGCAAGAAAUUAUUUUUAAUUGGUUAAUUAAAAAAAUAUAGCUAACCUGUGAUAGUAAGCUAUCUCAAUUAAUUUUGUUUUUUGCGAGUAAACGUAUGUUAAGUGAUUAAUUAUUAACGCCCGAGUAAAGAAGUCAAGGGGCUCCAAGCUGACCAGGUUACUUACAAUCUAGAUAAUAUUAUAUUUUUAUCCAAAUAGCACAUCAAGUUAAAAUGUUCCAAAAAAGGCGUUUUGUUUCUGUUAAUUUUAUUAACAAGUUCAAGGUUUAUAUGACAUAUAUUAUGUAUAGCUAAAUUGAUAAAAAAAAUAUUGAAACAAAUACCAUUCUAAUGAUAAAAUUAAAUAAA